AUGGAGAAGUCCGCUGACAAGCUAAACAAUGCAAACAGGGCGACAGCUCCUGGAGCACCCCAGGCGGAAAAGGAUGGUCCUGCGCCCGCUGCGGAAGGUGCUGCAGCCCCCAGCAGAGCAGGACCCCCAAGAGAAAACGCUGGAGCCGUGAAGAGGCUCGGACCCACUGAAGAACACACUGAAGAAAUGGAGAGACCUUCAGGCACAGAGCGAGACAUUCCUGCCGCCUUUAACCCAGCGAUUUCAGAUCGAGACUGCCCAAACUCAAAGCCUCUCGUUACGCAAACGAGCUCAAACUCUCCCGAAACGGGCAGUUUUGAACCGAACCACCAGGGUUCAACCGCAACCUCCAUCGACACGGAUUGCCUGGUCUGCUUCAACAAGUACGACAUGUACAGAGUGCCCAAGCUGCUGGACUGCCAGCACGCCUUCUGCGCCGUCUGCCUCAAGCUGAUCCUCAGGAAAGAAGAGAGAACCUGGCUGGUCACCUGCCCCCUCUGCAGAAAAGCCACUGGCGUGUCAGGAGGACUCAUCCGCACCCUUCAGAAUAAAGAGGACGUCAUGGAGCACCUGGAAACCCCUGAUUCAAACCCUGAGGGGCACGUCUCUGCCGUAGGGCUGGACAGCAAGAGCUGGGCUCAGACCAGCCAAGACGCUUUAUACAGGGACGAAAAUGUCCCCGCAGACAACAGACUGGCUAUCCAGAGACUCGUGCUGCUCCUCCUGCUUGGCGUGAUUCUCACCAUCCUCAUCCUCCCGUUUACGUACUCCGGGCUGAUAAAAUGGGUAAUUUGUCUCCUGCUUACUUUGGGGUUGGUCAUGUCCAUGGUGCUCUGCUGCACUCCUAAAUUCUGCUGGAGGUGUAACAGGGCCUCGCUCACCUCCUGCCACAAGGAGACCCACGUCACUGCCAUCGCCUGA